CGGCGGCAUUUUCGAUUACGUAACUACAAAAUUUUCAAAGUUGCGUGGAGGCAAAAGAGAACUCCUUGUGAAACUGACUCGAUUUCCAAGGAACAUUUAUUAUUAUAGCAGUACGGAGUUGGGUAUCAAACCGCUGCGAUUAGAAAGCUUUAAUUUAGGAAACAUUAGAAACUCAUCCACUCCAAAUUAGGGAGGGUGUAUGUGAUUUAUUCGAAGGGUCACCGUAGCUUGUCUAUCUUGAAAGAACUGAACCAGAACCGAGCAUUUUAACCGCGACCGGACAUAAUUAUCCUUCGCGCCCUGUAAUUUAGAAAACCACUUCAAGAAAUAUGCAACAGCACGGAUAACCUACGAUCAGGCGUUCUUUUUUUCCCGAGCGCGAAAGUGUGCGGGCGCAAGAGCCGGUAGCUCUUUCGUGCUCCAAAAGAAAAGAACGCCCGAUCGCAAGUUCGUGAAAUCUGGUCACGCGAACAAGUUUCGCAGCGUGCAAAUUGGCACGGGUUUUUAUCAAAGCACGGUGUUUGCGUGACUAAGAUAUGGGUCAGUGAUAAAAUAUUGCUUCGAUUUUUUUUCUCUUCUUCACAUGUAUUUGUUUAGUGCAAUUGCGUUUGUCGUGGUUACCACAAGAUCGAUACUCACCGGAACACUCAAGGGCGUAAAGAGUCAGACUUUCGAAUCGAGUAUUGAGAAAUAAAAGAGGAAGUGUUCAUGGGCCAGUAUGCGGAACUGUAAUUUACUGCUAAUUUUCCUGUUGAUUUUAGUAAUUGUUUACCAAAUUUGAAAAAAAAAAAUCUGGCAAAUAUGAUUUUCGGAAGAAUUAGUUCGUCCGACUUCCUUGUUAGCUUAAUCAAUUCUUCGAGGAAACUACCGCUCUAAGUUGAAUGGCUUUCGGUGCAUAAUUUGAGCGUCUCUGGCUUUUUAUGAAACUCUGUUCAGUACCACAUCGUUAGUUAGAAUUACUCGAAUGCGUUGGUAGCGAGGAAUGCCGAGACUGGUUCUUAAUCAAAACGAUAAGAGCCUUGUUCAGUUCUUAACUUUUGCCAUUAAACUAAUUGAAAACAUGAUUCAAGUCGGAAAAUUUGUCUUGGAAGUAAUUAACAUCUGAAAGACAGGCUAAUUUUAGCGCGUUUGAUCGUAAGAGUUUCUGAAAUUAGGACCGGGGGUGAUCCCAUAUUAGCUUCUUGAAAAAUACCACCUGAAAUAUCGCAAUAUCCAACCAAGAAUCGGGUCCUUUUAUUUGCGUUUUGUUUGUUGCGCAUUAUCGUCAAUGUCCACAUCUUGUAAAAGUUUCGAAACUUGGUUCCUAGAAACUUCCCCAAGAGCUAGGUUUCGUUAUGUGUUCUAUUUACUGGGUAACUUCGUUGUAUGAACAGUCCAAAGGAAGACAUAUUUCAAGUAUUAUUUGGAUUGCUUAAUUACAACCAGUGAAAGGAAUCUGAAAACCUUAAAAGGAUACUUGAAAUUCAGGCAGCAAUAUUCCUUCGUUUGCCAAGUGAAGAUUUAAUUAAGGAAAACACUAAAUUUUGGAGAGGAUGGCGCGUACCUGAAGAGGGUGCUUUUUCUUUCAGCUGUAGUAACACUACCCACCAGCUGGUCAAAUUAGAACUUAUCUUUUAUUAGUGUUUGGCCUUUGUCAGGGAAAGGAACCUACCGGUCACUAUUUAUCGUGGUUUUCUGAGGCAACAGAGGAGGGAUCAGUCGUCGCUGACAGAGUAUCUAGUGGGACUACAAUCGAACCUGUAUUUAGCUGUACCGUAUUAAUUAAGCGAUCACCCUGUAUAAAGCAUUUAAUCGCCAAAGUCCAGAAUUUUGUUUCUCCUUGAUCACUGUAAAUUUCACCCCUAUAAUGCGGUCAUCUGCGGUCGCAGUCACCUUUUACUUAGUCCCCACGGCCUGUUCUUGUUGUCCUCCAACUGUGUUGAGCGGUUAAUGCCGGAAAGCGAGACCACUCUAACGAAACUAGGAAUAACCUUUUAAGAAAUUUUAAUCCAUCUCAGUUCUCUCCACAAAAUUAAAGUGAUUUGCAUGUUCAGUGUAGCGCGUAGUAGAGAAGUAGAAUUAAUUAUCGUAAUUACGAAUUCGCCUCGACUACGCGCGGCGGGAAAAUCAGGUCAUGUGACUUAUAAUUUAAAAUGAACAAUUUAUGCUGUAACAACAUUCGAAGCUGGUCAUCAACGGUCAUAAAAGCGCAAACAUCAAGAUAAAGCAUCGAGAUAGCGAAUCAAGGGAACUGACUACGCAGAAACACAAAUUGUUACCAUCAGAAUGGGUUUGAUAUUACGACUCCUUCAAAUUGUUUUGAUAAGCGCUCAGCUCUUAAAAGCAGCAACAACAACAGUAGAAUCAACACCAAAAAAACAGGGAUCACACUCUUUAGUAGUGUCACAGAUACCACCGUCUAACCAGUCGCUACAAAGAACACAAUCAAUAUCUGCGACAAUAACUGCAACAAUCAUUGCCAGUUUGCCUGCUCCGUCAACUUUGCAAAGCUCCAGUGACAACGGAAACAGCCCGUUGACAACGCCGACAACAAUUAACACCACUUCAUGGAAAUCCUCGAGUGUAGGUGCAGUAUCAUCCGCAUCCUCAAGUGUGCAAAAAGCUCUCACCUCGUCUUCAACGAGCAGCACGUCCCUACCAGACACUGCUUCGCAGCCAAGAGCCUCAUCAAAUCUCAGUGCAACAGAAAGUGCUUCAGACAACAGAACUGGUGUUCCAAACGAAACGCCUCCUAUCACUUCAAGUUACGCAACUUCGCCGACGACCUUAACCAACUCAGGCCCUGCUACAACUCAAGCUGUGUAUUUCACCAGCAAUCCUACGAUAAAAGAGAGCUUUACCGUUCCAGUCGCUCCUACAACUAUAGAUUCUUCUCCAACGCAAACUACAACAAUCUCAGGUUUGCCUGCUUCGUCAAAUUUGCAAAGCUCCAGUGGUAAACGAACCAGCCCGUCAAACGAAGGUUCAGUAACAACCACAACCCCAGAGGUGCAAAACACUCUCACCUCGUAUUCAACGAGCCGCAUGUCCCUACCAGAGAGUGCUUCGCAGUUGAGAACCUCGUCAGGUCUCAUCGCAACAAAAAGUAACGCUUCAAGCUACUUAACUGGUGUUCCCAAGCAAACGCUAUCCAUCAAUUCAAGUCACGCAACUUCGCCGGUGACCUCAACCAACUCAGGCCCCGCUACAAAUCAAGCUCCGCAUUUCACAAGCGAUCAUUCGACGAAAGAGAGCUCCACCAAUCCGGUCGCUCCUACAACUACAGAUUCUUCCACAAAGCAAACUAUAACAACCUCAGUUUCAGUGUCGCUAAACUGGACAGACUGGUCUGUGGACUCAAGUGACUGUCAGCGGCAUUGUUCAAAUGUGGGAGGAACUGUGACAGCGAGUCGUCAGUGCUAUUCACACACAGUAACGUUCGAAAAUAGUUACUGUAUCAGAUACGAAUCAUUUAAAAAAGUGUUUAAAUGUGGCCAACCACAUUGUCCAGUCUCAGGAACAGAACCAUUAGGAAUGUCAAUCUAUACUGUGCUAGCCGGCACUUUGCUCCAUAUGUCGCCGAACUUUUUCGGGGGCUAAGACUUCAACGAACUUUAUAAGGUCAACGUGUGUGUCAAGCUCUCUUGGAACGAGUGUAUACAUUAAAG